CGAAACUACUCGCACACCAAGCCCCCCUACUCCUACAUCUCCCUCAUAACCUGGGCCAUCCAGUCAUCCCCAUCCAAAAUGUGCACCCUGAAUGAAAUCUACAGCAUGAUCACCGAACUGUUUCCGUUUUACAGGCAGAACCAGCAGCGAUGGCAGAACUCCAUCCGACACAGUCUGUCGUUUAAUGACUGUUUUGUCAAAGUCUCGAGGUCGCCAGACAGGCCAGGAAAAGGCAGCUACUGGACCUUGCAUCCAAACAGCGGCAACAUGUUCGAGAACGGUUGCUAUUUGAGGCGACAGAAGCGAUUCAAAUGC